AUGGAUCAUCACCAGCAGCAUCCCAAGCUGGUGACUUGGCCGAAGGUAGUUCUUUUUGGAGAUUCUUUGACUCAAUAUUCAAUGAAUCCGAAUCACGGAUGGGCAACGAUCUUGGCCCAUUCCUUGCAACGUCGGUGCGACGUGAUUGUGCGCGGGUUCUCCGGCUAUAACACCAUCGAUGCCCGUCAUUUGUUGCCCCGGAUUGCCAACACCUUCGAUGGCCCUGUUGCAGCUGUCGUCAUUUUCUUGGGUACCAAUGACGCUGCUGACGCGGUUCAAAACGUCAGGCAGCAUGUUCCCUUGGAAGAGUACAGAAAAAAUCUGGCCUGGAUGGUGAAGUUCAUGCAGGAUAAAGGAGUUCCUCGGGAGAAGAUCAUCUUAAUGAGUCCUCCUGCGGCUGAUGUGAAGAAAUGGACGAGAAAUGACCGAAGCUUGGCGCAAACUGAAGCAUACGCUCGGGUUUGCGAAGAAGUAGCCCAUGGUGCCAACAUCAGUAGCAUCAACCUUUGCAAGCUGAUGCAGGACAAAUUUAAAAAU